AUGACUUCUACCGUGAAGCCGCAGUACGACACUGCCGAAAUCACCCAGCUAGACCCGAGGAAAGGCGAGCGACAAUAUAGCGUCUUGAUUAUCAACCCCAACACCUCGACACACAUGACAGAAGCAUUGAAACCUAUACUGGCCAGCAUGAACUACCAAGAUGUGCAUUUCGACUACUUUACUGCUCCCGACUCCGCGAUUGAGAUCGACGGAGUCACAAUCGAGCCGAUCGCCAGCAUUAACAACGCCGAAGAGUCAUGCAAAUCAGCAUUGAAUUGCUGGCCCGUACGGGAUUUUAUCGGCAAUUAUGACGCCUUCCUCGUAGCGUGUUAUUCCGCACAUCCAUUUGUUGGCAGACUCCGCGAGGACAUUAAAGCAAGCGAAGAAACGAGCUCAACGAGGAACAAAUACGUCACCGGAAUAUUUGAGGCAUCCAUCACCGCCGCUCUUUCCUUGGUCAGUGGCUUCUCAUUGGAGAGCCCCCUUGAUCCAGCUAGCCCGCGCAAGCAUCAGGAAAAGGGCAGCUUUGGGAUUGUGACUACUGGCUCCGCGUGGAAAGAGGAGCUCACCAAUGCGGUGCAGGCAGCGCUGGGGUAUGAGGACGAGGACGGAGAUUCUAUGCAUUUUGCCGGUGUCGAAACUACUGGUUUGACAGCAAUUGAACUUCACACUACUGAGCCGGAGGAGGUGCGACGGAGGAUUAUCGAUGCCACUGGCAACCUGCUGCGGAACUCGAGAUCUCGUGUUAAGGUUGUCUGUUUGGGUUGCGCAGGCAUGGUCGGCAUGGAGGAAGCAGUGCGGGAGGGAUGUAUUCAGGAAUAUGGAGCAUCAGAAGGUCAACGUGUACGUAUUGUUGACGGGGUCGUUGCCGGUGCUGGAACCCUCAUCACAGCUCUGAAGGCAGGGUUCUGA